AGAUAAUGCCUUUGUUUAUAAGGUGAUAUAAGGCUGAUCUUGAAUGCGCCGUUCGUUGCUGGGUCUAGGAUUAUCGACUACAUAAGUCCCAGACGGUGGUAUGGGAGCCCCACAUGUUCAGGGGCAAAGCAAACCGGUAACCAAUACAGUCAUUGAACAAGCCCCAUGAAACCCGAUAUACGCACGUCCUGUAGAAAGCGGUAUCACAAAAUGUCGGUCAAACACGCAACGGGUUCUCCACAAUAACAAUCGAUAGAUCCUUGACAACUCCUAGAAGUCCCUAGCGAUGCGGGGGAUUGCCAGCAAGAUCACCUUUCCGCCCAAUUCGGGCUGAGCUGUCAAAUCGUAUCGUACCCAUCGCAAUUUCGUCGGAUUUCGGAAUAGCCUAUAAAACUAAGCUCUUCUUCUCUAAUAAACAAAUCUCAAACACCUUUCCCGACUCUCAAACACACACUCUCUCUGCCGCCAUCGCGUGAAACUGCAAAAUAUGGCUACCUAUACCAACGAUGACGACACCGCGGGCGUCCCCCAGGCCCCUACCGAGGAGCACACCGAGCUCCUCUCCUUCCUGCAGUACUUUGAGACCUUGUUCAUCAUCGACGACUCCUCGCACAUGAAGCGGCAGUGGAGCGACGUGUCGUCGCUGAUCCAGGCGGUGGCCCCGAUCUGUCUCAAGUACGACGAGAACGGCAUCGACAUCUACUUCAUCAACCACCGGCCCACGCUCUACUUCCCCGGAAUGCACGUCCGCAAGUCCGGGUACAACCACAUCGGCCAGGUGCACAGCGACACGGGCAAGCGGGACAGCACCCAGGCCAUCUUCCGCAACGUCAAGCCGGGCGGCAAGUGCAAGCUGGGCGCGCGCCUCGGCAAGCUGCUGACCUGGUAUAUCGAGCAGCUGAAAGCGGACCCGCAGCGGCCGCCGCUCAACAUCAUCGUCAUCACGGCGGGCAUCUCGGACGACGACUUCGCGGAGCCGCUGACGGCGGCCGCGCGCGAGCUCGACAACAUGAAAGCCCCCCUGCACCAGCUCGGCGUCAUGCUCUUCCAGCUCGGCGACGACGAGGAGGCCCGCAAGAAGUUCGAGCACGCCGACGACGAGCUGUGGCAGAAGGCCGGCACCCGCGACAUCGUCGACACCGUGUCAUGGCGCGGCUGGCCCGCGAGCUUCGGCUCCGACGACAUGGUGAAGGCCGUCUUGGGAGCCGUCUCCAAGAAGAUGGACGGCGCGAAGCCGGCGCUGGUCGGCAAGGUGCCGCCCGAGCGUCGCGAGACUACGAUUUGAAUGCGCGCGUGUGGCUCCAAAAAAGGCGGAAGGGAAUGAUGGGCUGGGAAUUAUGUGUUAGAUGGAUAGGAGGGUUUGCAAGAGAGAUACCUGGUUCUGCUAACGGCUGGACCGUGUUCAUAGAUGGAUUUGGUAGCUGCUACGAAGCUGAGCCUAGAGGGUGAUUCUUCUCCCUCUAUUUACCUAGGAGCCUAUUGGGUGAUGUGAUUCGCGUUGCUUG